UUAGAUAUUCAGCUGCUGAUGAGAUUCACAUAAACAAACCUGUAGGAAAUGAAGUCACAAUUAUGUGUACUCAUAUACUGGCUUCAGAUAACAAGAAGUAUUUCUGCAGAGAUCCAUGCAAAGAUAAAGAUAUUAUAGUAUCAACUGAUCAGACUUCUAAUGGAAGAUUCAGACUGAAGGAUUCUGGGAAUGGAACGUUCACAGUGACCAUCACUGAUCUACAGGUGUCAGACUCUGGGAUUUACUGGUGUGGAGUGGACAGAUUUGUUAAAGACACAUAUGAAGAGGUCAAUCUGAUAGUAUAUAAAGCAGAAAAAAACACAUCUCAGAAGACUCCAACACCAGAGACUAAAUCUGAUUCCCAAACCUCCACGAGUAGAUCAUUCACCCCUGCACCUGAUGACAUCACAAUCUCAUCUCCAUCUAAAGGUCAUGAUAAAACACCACAUUCAGGCGAUCAAACAUUUAUAAAUCAAGCUGGUCCUCUGGUGUACACUGCUGUGAGUUUGACUGUGAUGCUGAUCAUAUUUUUGGGGAUUUUCUGUAUGUAUAAAAGGAAGAAAAGAAAGUCACACAGUUCCAGUGGUUCAACUCUGGGUGAUGUUAAAAGAGGGACCACAGAGACCGCAGGUGAGGACAUCACAUAUGUGGACAUCACAGAGACUCAACAGCAGACUGAUACACACACAGUCAUGUAUUCAACUGUCAAUCAUAAUUCUGCGGCCAAUCAGAUUCAAGAUUCAUCCAUCUAUUCCAAUCUCUUAAUCCAACCAUACAACUGUAGCAACCAAACGGCAAACCCUGUCAUUGACACAGUAACAUAUGCAGCUAUUUACAAACAUAAAGGUUCUGCACCAAAAACAUUCAGAUCAGAAGACACAGUAACAUAUGCCAGUGUUUGUUCCUAAAGCUGUUUAACAUACUUGAUGUUUUGUCGCAAUGUAACUUGUACAUUAUUAUUUAUAGCAUAUAAGCGUUUAUCUCUUUUUUUUUGUAUGUUACAACAAACAGCUUCACCGUCAAUUUCCUGAUCUUUACUGUCUGUAUAUUUGGAUAUUUUUGACGAGACUUAACUACUCAGUAUUCAACUACUCAGUUUUCUCAGCUCUUUACUGCUUCAAUUUAUCAUAUGUUGUUUUAAUAAAUGUGAUUAAUUUGUGAUUCUCACAUCAGGCUUUGAGUUGCAUAUAAAGAUUUAUAUCGCUUUUUUAUAUUCAUUGUAAGAAGACUUCUGAGAUAUGAAUUUUGGUCAAUAGUGUCAGCCGCACUUUUAUCCUCUAAAUGUGACCGUGUAAGCCUUUCAAUACGGAGUUAUAGCUGAUGAAGUAUGAAGUUUCUUUGCAAAACGAGAUAACUCCAUUUUGUUAAUUUUUCAGAAAUCUCGGUUUUGGUUGUGCAUUCUAAUUAAUAUCAAUUCAACUGCAGUUGGUUUGUUAAAGGGGACAUAUUAUGAGAUUUUUUAAAGAUGUAAACGAAAUAUUUCGUGUCCCCAGAGUGUGUAAUUGAAGUUCUAGCUCAAAAUACCACACAGAUAAUUAAUUACAGCAUGUUAAAAUUGCCAUGUUGUAGGCCUGAGCAAAAGUGUGCCGUUUUGGGUGUGUCAUUUAAAAUGCAAAUGAGCCGAUGAAGUGCAAACAUUGAUCACAAUGAUGGUGGUUUUUUGCAAUUGAAACUCAAUUGUGCUGUGAAUUAUUUUCUCUCUCUCACUUUCUCUCUGCACUAAAUGGAUGUGCUGUGGUUGGAUAGUGCAUAUAACGGGGGCGGUAAACUAAGUUACUGGGUUGAUCUUUUUCACAUUUUUUAGUUUGGUAGAAGCACUGGGCACCUAAUUAUAUGACUUAAACAUGGAAAAAGUCAGAUUUUCAUAAUAUGUCCCCUUUAAAAAAUACAGGUAAGUAGCACCAUAAAACAAAAUAAUAACAUGAUAACAUAAUAAUAAACAUAUUUGGACAAAAAUGUUACAAACGGAGUUAUCUCGUUUUGCAACGAAACUCUUCAUAUACAGUAUAUAUACAACUUUGUACGAAAAGUUUUGAAUGUUUAAAAUUCACAAAUU